AAAAAACGCAACAGAAUAAAAAAACCUGUUGAUCCAAAUGCGCCAAAAAAACCCGCUAGUGCAUUCCUCCUUUACCAAAAAGAUGUUCAAGAACAAAUACGAAAAGAAUUUCCUGAAACUAAAUGGAACGACGUUUUGCGUAUUAUUAGUCAACGAUGGCAAAAUCUUUCAAAUGAUGAAAAAAAGGCGGAAUAUAAAACUUAUAUGGAAAAUAAAGAUAAUUUACCACCGGCUACGUCAGGGGUCAUUGAAGAAGUUAAUGAAGAAGAAUCUUCAAGAACGGCAAAUAAGUUAUCAAGCCGAAAAACAAAAUCUCACGAAUAUUAUGCAAAUUCUAAAGCACAAAAUAAUAGCAGUGAUGCUGGUAUUAAUAGUAGUGGUAGCAGUAGCAGUACAUCGAAGAAACGUAAAGAUGUUGUAGACGAUAGCGAGGACAAUUCUACAAGUCCUAUUAAAAAGUCAAAGAAGGAAAAGAAUAAGGAUGAAGAUGAAGAUUCUGUUUAUAAUUCUUCAAAUAGACAAAGUAACAAAGAUCAAAGUAAUAGUGAGAAUUUACAUAGGUUAUCAAAAGAUAAAUCUAAAGAUAAAAAAAAAAAGAAACCAAAAGAUAAAACAACGAUAAAAUCCAUAAAUUAA